AUGUCACUGAGCAUGGGUUCCGGAAGAGAAUGCUGGGAAAACUCUCCGCGUAUGGAUCUAAGAGAUCCGUAUUCUCGCGAUCCUCAAAGAUCUGUCGAGCGAGAGGCUGAACGCUCCUCUGAUAGGCGUGAGACCCGCCCCGAAGAUGUGGUUUACUCAGAGGCACAAGCCGUUUUGAACGACAGCGAGUUUGGUCGUGUCGACCCAACUGGCUGGUACCCGCACUACAAAAAUUGUGUGCAAUAUUUCGUUGAGCAAGGCCAGCACAUUCCGACUGUGCAAUCCGUGGCUGCUUUUAUCAACAUCCGUCUGCCAUGCCAACGACCUCAAGACAUGCUCGCACAGGGACAAUCCGCUGCAUCAUUUGUCUCUUUGCGUCCCUACGUUCGCCGCCUGAUCAUUACGGCGCAAGACUCGUCACUCGUCAUGCGCGCAUUCUUCGGCGAUGACUGGGCUGCCGGCGUGGGCUGCAUCUACAAGCAGGAGCGCGCCAACUACCUCUUCACGGCGAAGAGCAGCGGCUGGGGCGCGACCAAGACAGCUUACGAUAUCCUGCCCGAUGAGCAGGCACCAUUCCUGCGACCCCUGCGCGAGCCCACCGAAGACGAGAUUCGGGCGGCCGAAGCGCGAUGGAGCGAAUGGCUAGCGAUGGAGGAUUGGAUGGUGGGGGCUCGGAGUCCCUGGUAG